CGUGCGUGAAACGCUGACGUCUGUCAACAAAACCUGGCAACCGCGCGGACGCUCGGUGAUGAUGUAGAAACGCAGCGACUCUAAACUGAAGUGGAAACACACGUGACUGAGAGAAAAGUGGAAACCUGAGUUUGUUUAUUUUAUUAAUAUUCAGUUUAUUCCGGGAGUUUCGUUCUUUAGUCCAACAUGAGUUCGUCAAUGCCGCAGAAGCGUUACUACAGACAGAGAGCCCAUUCAAACCCGAUGGCGUACCACACGUUUGACUACCCCGUGUGUCCAGAGGACAUGGACUGGUCCGAGCUGUAUCCGGACUUCUCCCCCGGAGACUCUGAGACCUCCAGGGUUGAGUUUGCAGACAUUGGCUGUGGCUAUGGAGGGCUGCUAGUGGAGCUAUCUCCACUUUUUCCAGACAAACUCAUCCUGGGCCUGGAGAUCCGAGUCAAAGUGUCCGAUUAUGUUCGGGAUCGGAUACAGUCGCUGCGUGCCUCAGAGCCGGGAAGCUACCAGAACAUCGCGUGCCUUCGCAGCAAUGCCAUGAAGUAUCUCCCUAACUUCUUUACUAAAGGACAGCUCAGUAAGAUGUUCUUCCUCUUCCCCGACCCGCACUUUAAGAAGACCAAGCACAAAUGGAGGAUCAUUAGUCCCACACUGUUGGCAGAGUACGCCUACACACUGAGAAUCGGGGGUUUGGUGUAUACCAUGACGGACGUGGAGGAAGUACACGUGUGGAUGGUGAAGCACUUCACCGAACAUCCGCUGUUUACACGCGUCUCCGAUGAAGAACUGGUCGGUGACGUCAUCAUAAGUCGUUUGGGUACGUGCACAGAGGAAGGGAAGAAAGUCCAGAGAAACGGAGGGAAGAAUUUCCUCGCAGUCUUCCGGAGGAUUGAGGAUCCAAACUUAAGACCGAACAGUUUGGACAUGAAAUGAACUGUGAUGAUGGUCUCAUGUAGUCAUCAUGUACACGGAGGAUAACGCUGCUCUGUGCAAGCUGGAGACUGUGGGCUGUUUGAGUUUUUCAUUCCACAGCACAAAGAGGAUUUCUAUUCAGACGUGUGAAGUGUUUUAUGCUUUUUUAUUUUUAUUGAUGUUUAUUUUUAAUGAUGUCUUUUUGGAUUUCCUGUAAAUCUGUAAAUUCGUUUAGUAAAACAAAAAGGCAAUGUUGGGUUUGGUUCAUUUUAGACCAUUUCUUGUGUUUUUAUGUUGCAGUUAUUUUCUUGUAGCCUUUCUCACAAAAAGAAAGUCUUCCAGAAAACUGCACCUUUUUUUUAUUUAUUUUUUUUAACUUUAGUCCAUGUCCUUUGACUUGAUUUGAGUUCAGGUUUUGCUCAUGAAGCAGAAUUAAAAAAUGAUACUUAAUUU